UUUUGCAAUAAGUAUGACUAAUCCAAUCCAUUGACUGAUUUGCAAUUGAUUGCAUUCAACUUCUUUUCUCAGCAUCAAUAGCGUGAUCAAAAGCUUCUAUGAAUCCAUCGUAGAGAUCAUUCCGAGCUUCCAAAGAGCCGUCGGUUCCAGUCCAAAUUUCUCCGUUCUCAGUUGGAAACAUUAUCCGACGCAGCGUUUUCGCAAGCGAUAUCAAGGAAGGAUGUAAAUUCGGCGGGAAAUUCGGCAACAAUGUUUUCAAAGCCAGCUUCUCCCAUGUCCAAAGUCUUUCGUUCUGCGAGCUCAUCCCAGCCUCCCCUUGACCAUUGUCGAAGCCUGCUUCCUCUAGGUGGACUUGAGGACCCAUUUGUUAUGAUGGUCCAGAUGAAGACAUACAUGAAAGACUCGAGAUCAUGUCGAUACUUGUGGGGUCUGGCAAGAAUAAUGCCAAUGGCCAUGAAAGGCCGAGUACCGGUGACUUCUCCAGGUGUCCUGGGACCGACAGCGAGAUCCAUUGCGACGUCAAAGUCAAUCAACAUACCUUUGGCAUCGUCUUCUUUAGAAGGGUCCGUAAUGAUGAUAUUGCCGGGAGAGAUAUCCUGAUGAAGAACAUUCGCGUCUUGAAGAAGCGAUCGGUGAGCUUUGGCAGCAUCGCGGAGGGAUUGAAGCAGCUCCAGCCUGCUUUUGAAGUCAAGAGAAAUGACACCCCAAACGCUUUUGUCCUUGAUCAACUUGAGCAUAUCCUCCUCUGGCCGAUCACGGGCGACCAAGCGCCAUUUGAACUUGACGACGUACUCCCAUGUACUUGAACUUUCUACCCUAGCUCGAUAGCAGGUAGUACCGUUCCCUACAAGAUCUUCGGGAAGUGCAAUUGGCUCAUCUUCAAGAAGCAAUCUUUGCCCGAGAGAGCUUUGAGCCGAAUGUUCAAUUGCGAUAUAACCACCUGCUUCGUUGUAACGGAUACUAUCAUUUCUCCCAAGCUCCUUAUCGGACAUAAGCUGGUAGCCAAGCAGCACAGAGAGGAAGCGUUGGAAGUCCUUUCGAUAGUCGAACACUUCGGAGCUAAAUAUACCUGACCGAUCGAACAUCCAAAGCUCCACUGACGACUCGUGUAUAUAAAAGCCGUGGAGAAAAUGCCGUGUUGGCUGACUAGUGAAGACUUUCCGCGCAUGGCCACAGAGUCUAAGAAGCCCAUUUAAAUAUAUUAAGUUUGAUGUUGC